AACGGUUGGGCCUUUUAACUGUGAUUGUUAUUUUAUUGUUUUAUUGAUCUCACUUCUGCUUCUGUUAUUCUGUAGACUAGCUUGUUGUAAAUUGACUGAUGAGGCCUAUGAAAGUGUGGCCUCUGCGCUCCAGUUGCCAAAUUCACCACUUAGAGAGCUUGACCUGAGAAAGAAUGACCUACACAACUCUGCAGAGAACUUGCUCUGUGUCUCUCUCAAAAGUUCGAACUGUAACCUGGAGACACUGAGACUUUCUGGCUGUAAGCUGUCACCGGAAUCCUGUCGUUUUUUGACCUCAGCUCUUCAGUCGCCAAACUCACACUUGAGUGAGCUAGAUCUAAGCAACAAUGACCUUAGAAGCUCCAUUAAGGACGUGGUUUGUGCUGGGCUGAUGAGUGAGCAUUGCAGACUACAGAAAUUCAGAGUUUCUGGCUGCAACCUUACAGAAGUCUCCUGUGAAAUGAUAGCCACUCCCCUUAAGCGUGAAAACUCUCAGUUGAAGGUGCUGGACAUCAGCCAUAACGAUUUGCAAGAUGCUGGCAUAGAGCUACUGUGCCCUGGAUUACAGAGUCCACAUUGUAUAGUAGAGGUACUAAGGCUCUCUGCCUGUCUCAUCUCAGAGAAAGGCUCUUUCAUCCUGGCAUCGGUCGUUGAAGCUCACUCUCAACUCAGAGAGCUGGACCUGCAGAACAAUUAUCUUGGAGAUGCUGGGGUGAUGCUGCUCACUGCAAAACAGAGAGAUCCAAUGUGCAAACUGGAGUUACUAAACGUCAACAAUUGCUCAGAGCAGUGGUUGAAACCAGGGCCGCAAAAAUAUGCCUGUGAACUCACAUUGGACUCAAACACAGCAAGCCGGCAUCUUGCCCUGUCAAAGAGGAAUCAGAAAGCCACUUACAUGAACAAACGGCAACCAUAUCCAGACCACCCCGAUAGGUUUGCCGACUGCCCACUGGUGCUGUGUGAAGAGGGUCUCAGUGGUCGGCACUACUGGGAGGUGGUGUGGGGAGGAAGUGGGGUCCGUAUAGGAGCCACUUAUAAAGACAUCAACAGGAAAGGGGCGAAAGGGCUGGAUGGCAGUGCGACAGCCUGGUGCAUGGAGUGCUGCACUGAGCGAUUCACUGUCCAACACGCCAACCGGACGCAGACGAUCCCACGCGGAUCAGGGUCAGGUUCUAGAGUAGGAGUGUACCUGGACUGGCCCGCAGGCACUUUGUCAUUUUUCAGUGUUUGCUCUGGCACUCUCAAACUUCUACACACAUUUGAUGCCAUAUUUGCUGAGCCUUUAUAUCCAGGGUUUUACAUCGCCUCUGAGUCUUCAGUGGAACUGUGCUGAUGUAUAAUUUCAGUUUUUCUCAAUUAUUUACACACUACUGGUAUUAACAUUGAACAUUGAAAAGUAUAUCCAAGACACUAUUCUUCUGUUUCACACGGUAGAUAUUAUUGAACUUUUAGAACAAAACUGUACACACAAAACACUUAUAGCAGUGGUUCUCAAACUUUUCACAAUGAUUACCACCCCAGAGAACAAUUGGCUCUCCAAGCACCACCAUUAUGACCAGCAUUAAAUACAGUAGCGUAAGCCAAUUUAAAUAUAUUUCACAUUGUACAUACUGUUUUGCAUUGUUUUGUUUUUUUCAAUAAA